UGGAGGUGAGGACACCGACGCCUCUCAACUCGCUGUUUAUUGGAUGUCUUUGCGUCCGUCGAUGCAGCGAUCGGUUCGAUGAAGUCUGGACGUGUAUAUUUCGAAGAUCGGUGACCGGGAACUCCGAAUCCAACCUAGUUUCUGCGAAAAGAUUCGAUCUCUGUUCGUGUUUUUUCAUGGUGGAAUCCAUGAAGAAAAAUCCUCAAGCGGAUGCGUGCCGAUGGUAAAUUGAGAAUAGCGUUCUGUACUGUCUGAUGUUUGUGGAAAGUACGGUAUAUAUUCAGUCAAGGAGGAAAGAAGGAUUCUUGGUGAUUAGUCGAGAAAGAGAGGAAGAUUCCUGGUGAUUUUUGUUAGAAUGGAUCAAGGAAUGGCCACUGGAAGCGAUAAUUUGCUCUCGGCCGUGGUGCCCCUGAUGAAGCUAUUGUGCCUUACUGUCAUUGGCCUCAUCCUCGCGCACCCUCGAACCCAAAUCGUUCCUAGGGCCACAUUCAAACUACUUAGCAAGCUUGUCUUCGCCCUCUUCCUUCCCUGCCUCAUUUUUGUCCAUCUCGGCCAGUCGGUCACCGUUGAUGAUGUCUUGCUUUGGUGGUUUGUGCCCAUCAAUGUGCUCAUUAGCACCGCAAUAGGCUGUGCUCUUGGAUACAUAGUCGCCAUCGUUUGUCACCCCCCGCCUCAAUUCUUCCGGUUCACCAUUAUCAUGACCGGUUUUGGCAACACAGGCAAUCUCCCAAUUGCCAUAGUUGGAUCGGUCUGCCAUAGCUCGGAUAAUCCGUUUGGCCCAGAUUGCCGUCGAGCUGGGAUUGCAUAUGUAUCAUUUGCUCAAUGGGUCGCAGUUAUUUUAGUUUACACAUUUGUUUAUCACAUGAUGGAACCGCCAAUGGAGUACUAUGAGAUUGUUUCUGAAGAGAAUGAGAUUGAGGAAGAAGAACCUAUCAGUAAUGCCAGUAGACCAUUGCUCCAUGAAGCUGAGUGGCCAGGAAUGGUAGACAAAGAGACAACACAUUCCAAGACACCAUUCAUAGCCAGAGUGUUUAUGAGCAUUUCUGGAUCAUCUCAAAACACUUUUCCGGAUAUUGAUUUUUCUGAGGAGGGAGGUUCAACUGCUGGGCCUAGUAGUCCAAAGUCCCUUAGGUGCUUUGCAGAACCCAAAGUUGUACAAAGGAUGAGAGUUGUUGCAGAACAGACUCCAAUACGGCACAUCCUUCAGCCUCCAACAAUUGCUUCUUUAUUGGCGCUUAUAGUGGGAUUGGUUCCAGUGUUUAAAGCUUUUGUUUUUGGCUAUGAUGCACCACUUUCGUUCUUCACAGAUAGUCUGGAAAUCUUAGCCGGAGCAGUGGUUCCCUCGGUAAUGUUAAUUCUUGGAGGAAUGUUGGCAGAAGGUCCUAAUGAUUCAGCUCUUGGGAUCAGAACUACAAUUGGAAUCGUUGUUACAAGGCUUUUGGUGCUUCCAUUAGUGGGGAUUGGAGUGGUUGCAUUGGCUGAUAAGAUGCAUCUUUUGAUUGAAGGAGACCAGAUGUACCGCUUUGUUCUCUUAUUGCAGUAUACCACACCAAGUGCUAUAUUGUUGGGGGCCAUUGCUAGCUUGAGGAAUUAUGCAGUGAGGGAAGCUUCAGCACUCCUGUUCUGGCAGCACAUAUGUGCUGUGGUAUCUCUCUCAUUUUAUAUUGUUAUUUACUUCAAGCUGCUCUCAUAUGUUUAAGGUUAGGCCCUUCUAGUUGUUUUUAUUUUGAGGAUGCAUGAUUAGUCUAUGAUGGCAACUUAAUGAACUCAUUGUUAUUUUGUCAAUUAUGGUCCGUAAUGAAUAAGAUUGAUUUUUUCAUUAUCUUGUAUAAACAAUGUUGGAUAAUAUAAGGAUUAUCAAUUUA